CUUUGACCCCUCUGGGCAGCCAAUCACAGCAGCCUGAGGAAGGCUGACCUCCAAGCUUUAUCAUGACCCGCUCAGAGGAUCCAUGAUGCAGUUGUGGUUCUGAUCUGAGAGCAGCCUGGUUCCAAUGUGAAGAGCAUCAUGGGUACCCUGACAGCUCACCUGACACAGUCUUCCUCAGUGUCCCACCACUCAUCUGAUGAAGAAGAAGCUGGAGCCCAAAGGGAGGAACUAAGCUUUGCGACAUUGGAGAAUGAGGAGGAGGCAGAGCCUUUCUGUGACAUCAGAGGGUUGGUGCUGAGAUAUCUCUGUGGUAACAGGAGAGGCUGUGUGUUGCUGGGUUUUUGUGGAAGUGUGACAUUCACUGCAGCCUUCCUAUUGGCCUUCGUUGUGUUCAGUGGACGAUACCACUGCUCCCAGGUGGGGGGCCUGGGGGAGCAGAGUGAGCAGGAAGGAGGCGGGGCUAACAAACCUUCAGAUGGAGGGUCGGGGCUUUACCUGGGAGAGCUGCGGGAGAUGAUGAGGAGGCUGCUGCAGUAUGAAGAUAUUUACAACACUGUCAGUCGGAUCAGCAGAGCGAAUCAUCCUCCAGGUUCCUCAGAAGGAACAGCUCUAGCCUCAGAGGUCCUGGGACGCUUCAGGAAGCUGCCAAUGGACCACACCUGGACCGAGUCUCUGUAUGCCACGCUGCAAUUCCCUGACAGGACUCAGAGAAGCUCUCUGCAGCUCGUGGACUCUGCAGGUCUGAUCUCAGAACAGAUUGCUCUGAACCCGUUUGAUUACUGUCCAUACAGCGCCACAGGAAACUACACGGGGGGUGUGGUAUACGCCAACUAUGGCCGCCCAGAGGACUUUAAUUGGCUGAAGAGCGUGGGUGUGUCAGCAGCCGGCUGUGUGGUGGUGAUGCGGGUUGGGGGCGGAGUCAGUUUUGCCGAGAAGGUGUGGUUGGCUGAGAGGAACGGAGCGGGUGGAGUUCUGAUCUAUCCUGACCCUGCUGACCUGCCACAGGACCCCCGGCGGCUUGGAUUGACCUCUCACACCGCCGUAUCUGAACAUGUCCACCUUGGGUCAGGUGACCCCUUUACUCCAGGUUUUCCCUCCUUUAAUCACUCUAAGUUUCCACCCAUCCCGUCCUCUGGCCUACCACUGAUCCCAGCCCUGCCAAUUACUGCCACUGUGGCCGCCAAGCUGCUAAGCCAGCUGUCAGGUCCACCCUGUCCUCCAUCUUGGAGAGGUCGGCUCCCAUAUGUCCGCUGUGUGCUUGGUCCAGAGUUCAGCUCCGAACGCAGAGUCCAGAUGUCGGUCCAUAACGUGAUGAAUCCUGUUCUGCUCAACAAUAUCUUCUCCUCACUGGAGGGCCACGUUGAGCCAGAUCAGUAUAUAAUUCUGGGAGCUCAGAGGGACUCUUUGGGUCCAGGAGCUGUGAAGUCUGGGGUUGGAACAGCAAUCCUAUUGGAGCUGGCUCGAACCUUCUCAGCCAUGGUGAAGAAAGGUUUCAGUCCCAGACGCAGUCUGCUGUUCGUCAGCUGGGAUGCUGGAGACUUUGGGAAUGUUGGAGCAACUGAAUGGCUCGAGGGUUACCUGUCCAUGCUCCACCUGAAGGCUGUGGCCUACUUCAGUCUGGAUCAGGCCAUCAUGGGUGAUGAUAACCUUUCAGCUUACACCAGUCCUCUACUAGUAGACCUACUGGACUCUGCUAUCAAACAGGUGGAACAUCCCAAACAUGCAGGUCAGACCAUCUACAGCCAGGCUGAAAGAGAUGGAGGCAGCUGGAGGAUUAUGAAGCCCCUGUAUCUGAACAGUGGAGCCUACAGUUUCACUGCGUUUGCAGGAGUUCCAGCAAUGGAGCUCAGAUUCACUAAGGAGAGAGCUUACCCUUUUCUCAACACACCACUGGACAGCGUGCCUCACUUUCAGGAGUUUCUUGGGGGUCGACUGGGGGUCAUUGGGCGGCGCCUUGGUGAGCUGGUCGGGGAAAUGGUGCUGCGAUUGGUCCAUGACCACAUCCUGCCUCUACGCAUCACUUCCUAUGCUCAGUCGGUGCUGCAGUUCAGUGCCCACCUCAACAAGCACUCAGCUGAGCUGCAGUCCAGAGGUGUUUCUCCUCAGUGGCUCUUCAGCGCUCGAGGAGAUUACAGUCGAGCUGCCGAGACUCUGCAGAGAGCCAUUGACUACAGCGACCUGCACAACCCGACCACUGCACGCCUCUACAACACCCGCAUCAUGAAGGUGGAGUACUACUUCCUGUCUCAGUAUGUGUCUGCAAUGGAGACACCGUUCCGCCAUGUUAUUCAUGGACGUGGUAACCACACUCUGAGGGCGCUCACAGAGCAUCUGGACCUGCUGACCUCUGACCCUGGACGAUUUGACGAGAGUUGUUUCAGACGUCAGCUGGCUCUGUUCACCUGGACGCUGCAAGGAGCUGCCAAUGCUCUGAACGGAGAUGUGUGGAGCAUACACCACACACGCACCUAUACGCACUGAUGGACAUCACACGCACACUGAUGGACACCACACCUACACACCUUUACGCCCUGAUGAAGACAACAAACACACCUAUGUACACAUUAAACACAAACUAAGGAUCACAUUGGAUCCACUUUGCUGCUGGUGGUUACGUUAUGCCAGAUUAUACCAAAUGUAGCUAAUCAGCAUGCUAUGGAAGCAUAGAGCUGCUGCACAGGAAAAAGAAAAAAAGAGAUACAUACGUUUUACAUCACCUGAAAACAUCAUUGUUUCAAAAAUAUACUUUAUUUCUGGACAACAUAAUAUCACAUUAUUACAAUAUAAAUAUGGUGUAGUAACGUAAUAAUACCUUAUACAAACAAGAAAGUUACAUUGUUUGAUCAACAAAGUUUUGAAGUUAUAAAAUCAUACCUUUUACUGUUGGAACAUCAUGUUUACCUGAUAAAAUGACCACGAUGAUGACGAUGCAGAUAAUGUCUUGUCAGAAUGGAUUAGGUUCUACUUCCUACGUGGAUUGAGCCAUGGAGCGAUUCUGCCAUCAUUGUGCAGCCUGAACAAUACUGUGAUAAUCAUGCAUACACUGAGAUGGAACGUAAAAAACAUGGUUCUUUACAGGAGGAAGAACGAUUCUAAUCUGACUGAGGUGGAAGCAGUUCUGGACAGGACCAACUAAACUUAAUUUAGGCAGGUUCUGUCACAUAGAGUACUGUGAGAUAUUUGCUGAAGUGUCUGGACCCAUAAAGGGGUGAGCAAGGACAAACAUUUUUUUGACGUACUCCUACUCGUUGUCUUCUGCUUCAUCCGAGACCGGGUCUCGGGGGCAACAGAAUCAGUAGAGACACCCAGACGUCCCUCUCCCCAGACACCUCCUUCAGCUAGGGGAGCCCAAGGCGUUUCCAGGCCAGCCGACAGACAUAGUACCGCCAGCAUGUCCUGGGCCGUCCCCUGGGCCUCCUCCUGGUGGGACGUGCCUGGAACACCUCCCGAGGGAGGAUGCAUCCAGUAUGGAAGGCUAAGCCACCUCAAUUGAUUCCUCUCGAUGUGGAGGAGCAGCGGCUCUACUCCAAGCUCCUCCCGGAUGGCCGAGCCCUUCACCCUAUCUCUAAGGGGCUGCCCGGCCACCCUACGGGGAAAGCUCAUUUCAGCCGCUUAUAACUGGGAUCUCGUUUUUCGGUCAUGACCCAAAAUUCAUGGCCAUAUGUUAGGGUAGGAACGUAGACCGCUAAAUCUUUUUGACGUUUGAACAAUAAAUUAUCUUGUUCUUACCCGAUAAAUAAAUUGUUUGAGAGUGAAAGAUAUUUUGUUGAAACAAUAAAGUUUCAGGUUAUAACAGGAUAUCUCUUUCCUUUGCCUGGGCAGCAGCUCAAUGCUUCUGUAGGAAACUGAAUACCUGCCUUUAUUAAAUUCAAAUGAAUGAUCUGUGCUUGACUUAGAAUUAGGAUGAUAAUUAUUAACAAAUAAAGUUGUUUCUUUCUUUUU